CUGAAAGUACAUAAGAGUCUAUUCUCUUUAAACACUCUACAUUUUGUUCUAUGCUUUUCAAGUGCUGAUGUAUGCUUUAUUUCCUUAGAAAAGUAUCAGAAAUUAUAGAUACAAAGUGUGGUGACUGGAAAUAAAAUUUUUGAUGCUCGACAUAACCUCUUAAAAUACUCACUAUAUCUUCACACGUGUUCUGUCGGCGAGAAACAGACGUUUUACAUCUCCAAAUUUUAGUUCUGACGACAGAAUCAUGUCGACGACACUGGCGUUACCGCAGAAGAAAUAUUACAGGCAACGUGCGCAUUCGAAUCCGAUAGCCGAUCACUGCAUCGAUUAUCCGGUAAAACCAGAGUCAAUGGAUUGGAGUACCUUGUACCCACAAUACUUCCCUAGCAAUAACGAACAAACGCAAGAAACGCAGAAACACGUGGAGUUUGCGGACAUCGGUUGUGGCUACGGAGGACUGUUAGUUACCUUAUCACCAAUGUUUCCGGAUAAUCUGAUACUCGGUAUGGAGAUCAGGAUAAAAGUAUUGGACUAUGUGAUGGAUCGUAUCGCUGCCUUACGCUCGCAAAACCCCGGCCAGUACCAGAAUAUUGCCUGCCUAAGAACAAACGCCAUGAAGUACCUGCCAAAUUACUUUCGCAAAGGACAGUUGAAGAAAAUGUUCUUCCUGUAUCCAGAUCCGCACUUCAAGAAAUCAAAGCACAAGUGGAGGAUAAUAAACAAGUCUUUACUGGCAGAAUAUGCUUACGUGCUAGCCGAAGGAGCUAUUAUAUAUACCGUGACGGACGUAGAAGACCUACAUAAAUGGAUAGUUCGACACUUUCAAGAGCAUCCACUGUUUGAAGAAGUUCCUGAGGAGAACUUGGCGGCAGAUCCUGUGGUGGAGAAAUUGUACGAGAGUACUGAGGAAGGCCAGAAAGUAAGCAGAAAUAAAGGAGACAAAUUUUUAGCUGUGUUCAGAAGGAUCGCGGAUCCUUAUAGUACGACGACCAGCUAGCAGCAGUAACGACAAUUGUAUAUAUAAUUAUAUAUAUGUACAUACGUACGUUAUCUGACUAGUAGGCGAAGGAUAUUCUUGACAUUCUUGUCGAAGGUAUUUUCGGCUUCUCAGGAUACACGCCCUCUUGAUAUUGCACCUGCGUCUCUAAAACGCAUUGCAUUGCAAAUAAUGAGAUAAUCGAUAACCGUUUUCUAAAAAUGAAAUAAAAUAUUUCGUGAU